AUGCGCCUCCUCGCCAGCCCCGUCGUCGUCUGUACCUCUACCCACGACGGCGUCCCACGCGCCAUGACAAUGUCGUCGUUUACGUCCCUCGCCCUCAGACCUACGCCGCUCGUCACGUUCAACGUCUUGACGCCAAGCCGGACGCUGGACGCGAUCGCAGCAAGCCGAGAAUUCAACAUUCACAUCCUCGCGGGGGACGCAGCGGGUGCAGCAGUCGCAGACCACUUUGCGCGGGGAAACUCGGAGGGCGCGUUUGAAGGGCUCAGGGGAGUGACGACCAACAUGGCAAGCCACAGACCGCCUUUGAUGAGCGGGAACGGGGUGCUGAGAGCACUGAGGUGCAGGGUCUUCCAGCAGGGACUCCAGGGGGGGCUGGUGAAGGUGAGGGACCACGUGCUCGUGGUGGGAGAGGUGGUUGAGAUGAUACCCGGCAAGGACGCGAGGGAAUUCGGGCUGGCCUACGCGGACCGGAAGUACAGGCAAAUCGGGGGCGUGAUUGCCAAGGGGGGCAUGCGUCUGCAGGAGGAGGACCAAUGA